AUCAAGGGUCGGGUACAAUUGAAGAUGUUUCUGACUGUAUUAAAUUUUUAUGGACACUUUUAACUUAUGACACCGAUGUCAUUGAAGGUGGGAAAAAAUUGUGAAUGACACCGUCUACUUGGUGCGAGAAAAUUAGUUCACACAAGUUAAUUAAGGAAUAUUUAGUAAUCAUCUCUUGUCAAGGUGAACGUUGGUGCUUGUGGAUAACAUACGGUUACAUACAUGUUUCAGGGUUGGUUUUCCAUUACCUUCAUGAUUAAAUACUUUACUUCAUCACAAACUUUGUUAUAUCACGCACUGCCUUCACCUUAUGUGGAUUGCAAUUAACAGAAUUCAUUCUGAACUUUUCUCCAUCCGUGGUAAACAAUUGCGAACUAUUCAAGCCACAUUACCCACACACAGACAUAUCGAUAUUUAUAUCCUACGCAUUCACCCCCUAACAUCCGUCCUGUACCUCUGUGUCUUUCAUUUGCCUUACUCCUGCGCUAUCGUCCCGUUACAGAAAUUCCUGUUUUCUCAGGACUUCUGCUACCUAUUAUUUAUGGCCCUCUCUCUCUCUGCUUUGUUUUUGUAAACAUUUAAUGCAGUCAGAGACAUCUUCAAUUGUACCCGACCCCUGAUAAAUACAACAUCAGACUUCUUAAUCCGGCUUCCAGGAAUACGAUGUAAUACCUAUUUCUUUACUACUCACAAGGGGCUAAAAAAACAAACUCAGUUGUGUUAGAAGUGUCCAAGUGAUUAAUGUAUUUUAUAUUAAUUAUCGAGGAGCUGUUUAAAAGUUGAGAAAUGUCUGUUAUAAAUAGAUGAAGGCUUUCACCACCGAUUGUCCCUAUAACUGUAUCUACAUGGUUAAAAAAAAAAAACUCAGUUGUGUUAGAAGUGUCCAAGUGAUUAAUGUAUUUUAUAUUAAUUAUCGAGGAGCUGAUUAAAAGUUGAGAAAUGUCUGUUAUAAAUAGUAAUCUGAACAGGCCCAAAAAAGUACAGACUAGAGAAAAAGUGCUCCAGUGUCAAAUCUGUGGGAAGUUUUUUACUCACAAAUCAAAUCUUGUUAUUCACAGACGUACUCACACCGGAGAAAAACCGUUUCACUGUGAAAUAUGUUUGAAGUUUUUUGUUUCUAACAGUAAUUUAACAAAACACAAACGGAUACAUAGCGGGGAUAAACCUCAUCGUUGUGAAAUAUGCGGGAAAUCUUUUAUCACCAACGAUCACUUAAAACGACAUCAACGAAUCCACACGGGCGAAAAGCCAUAUCACUGUGAAAUUUGCGGUAAAUCAUUUUCUAGUAAUUCUAACGUUGUGGUUCACAAGCGAAUGCAUACGGGAGAACGGCCCAAUUUUUGUCAAAUUUGCGGUAAAUCGUUUGUAAAUAACAGUGACUUAACGAGGCAUAAACGGAUUCACACGGGGGAAAAACCAUAUCGUUGUGAAAUAUGCGGAAAAUCUUUUAGUAGUAAUGGUGAAUUGAAAAAACAUGGAAGACUUCACACUGGCGAAAAACCUUAUCGUUGUGAAAUAUGUGGUAAAUCUUUUACACGGAAUUCUGGUCUUGUUAUCCACAAUCGUACUCACACGGGUGAAAGACCCUUUCAUUGUGAUAUUUGCGGCAAGUCUUUCACUCAGAAUCCAAAUCUUGUGAUGCACAAAAAGAUACAUUUUGGAGAGAAACCGUUUGACUGAGUAUUAAUGUGGAGGGAAAACGUUUUCUGACACUUCAAUUCUUGCAGUUCACAAAUAUAGCCCACGCUGGAGAAAAACCUUAUCAGGAAAUCAUUCACUGAUGUCUCGUUUUGUAAUUCAUAAUAAAAAACACACUGGAUAAAGAAGUUUCACUGUGAAAUUGUUGGAAAUGUAUGUGGAAUUCUCUUUUUAUCUACAAUCAGGUGAAAAUCUUUUUGUUGUAAAAUAUUGUCUCAGAACCCAAAAGAAAUCUGUGAGGUAUACUAGCCAUCUCAAUAUGGCUAACCACUAAGGGUGGGUGUUACUGUAGCUUGUAGCCAG